AUGGUAGACGAAAUAAGUGUGGCCGGCACAACAGGCCGCCGGGUCACUGAUUUACGGAAGGCACGAUGCAUCAUCACGUCCUUGGAUCGCUGCACGCAAAGUCGGCACCCCAAAUCAUUAUGGACCGCGUUGACGGGACGCGUCGUCAGGAACUCACACAAAUUGAUGCAUCGGUCAGAUCCGUAUUGGCAGAUGUGA